AUGGAAUACACCUAUGGAAGAAUUGAUUCUUGCAGGCAACAUUUUGAGUCAGCUGAAGUGGCAGCUGGGCUUCAGCUUUCUGUUACUGGGAUUCUUGGAUGGGAUAUGGCUCCAUAUAUAGAGGCAAUUGAUUCUCAGCAGUUGUCAUACUUCAUUGUCCAGAGUGUCCGUGAGCCUUCUCCAGGAGUGGCACAACAAAUUCGUUUUUGUUUUGGGGUUUAUGUCCCAAAUAUUCCUGCCUUGGAAUAUGGUGAACUUUUAUUGCGCUGUCAUUUAAUUGGUGAGGCGGUUAAAAUUUUUGAGGAUUUAGAGUUAUGGGAUAAUCUUAUAUUUUGCUACCGCUUAUUGGAGAAGAAAGAAGCAGCUGUUGAACUCAUCAAGAAACGACUAUCUGAAAUGCCUAAUGACCCCAGGUUAUGGUGGAGAGCUUCUCAGACACAGAAGAAUUUAGAGGUCUUCAGGCUUAUUUCUGAACUGGAACUGGAGCUACCACAAGAAAACCUAGCCAAUCUAUUGAGCAACUUACCUACCAUCCGCAAAACCCUAACCGACACCGCCAAGCUCUCUACGGCUAAGGAGGAUGAAACAGAAACAAGCUUUCUCCGACACUGCCAAGCUUUUUCCGUUCCACAGAAAGAUGAUUCUACCACUGCCCCGAAGCUCUCUACACAAACUUUUGAAUUUCUAGACGAAAUACCACUAUUUGACGAAGACGACACCGGUGCAGAUGAAGAUUGA